CCAGGACUCUAGCCAACCCAACGCUGCCAUGCGGCUCCUGAGUGUGACUUUUUGGCUGCCCCUGUCCCUGCACACUGUUCUCGCUGUGAUGGACGUGCGAUGGUGCACCGUCUCAGACCCGGAGCAGCAAAAAUGCAAGGACAUGAGCAAGGCCUUCCAGGGAGCUGGCAUCCAGCCUUCUCUCCUCUGUGUCCAGGGCAUGUCAGCUGACCACUGUGUCCAGCUCAUCAAGGACCAAAAAGCUGAUGCCAUCACCCUGGAUGGAGGGGCCAUUUAUGAGGCGGGCAAGGAGCAUGGCCUGAAGCCAGUGGUGGGUGAAGUAUAUGACCAAGACAUUGGGACCUCCUAUUAUGCCGUGGCUGUGGUCAGGAGGAAUUCCAACGUGACCAUCAACACCCUGAAGGGCGUCAAGUCCUGCCACACAGGCAUCAACCGGACUGUGGGCUGGAACGUGCCUGUUGGCUACCUAGUGGAGAGUGGCCACCUCUCAGUGAUGGGCUGCAAUGUGCUCAAAGCCGUUAGUGAUUUUUUUGGGGGCAGCUGCGUCCCCGGAACAGGAGACACCAGCUACUCCGAGUCCCUCUGUCGCCUCUGCCGUGGUGACUCUUCUGGCCACAAUGUGUGUGACAAGAGCCCCCUAGAGAGAUACUAUGACUACAGCGGGGCCUUCCGGUGCCUGGCGGAAGAAGCAGGUGAUGUGGCCUUUGUGAAACAUAGCACAGUUCUGGAGAACACUGAUGGGAAAACCCUGCCCUCCUGGGGCAAGGUGCUGAGGUCGCAGGACUUCCAGCUGCUGUGCAGGGAUGGCAGCCGGGCCGACGUCACCGAGUGGAGACAAUGCCACCUGGCCCAGGUGCCUGCUCAUGCCGUGAUGGUCAGAGAUGACACGGAUGGGGGCCUCAUAUUCCAACUGCUCAAUGAAGGCCAGCUUCUGUUCAGCCAUGAGAGCAGCAGCUUUCAGAUGUUCAGUUCUGAGGCCUACGGCGAGAAGAACUUGCUAUUCAAAGACUCCACCUUGGAGCUUGUGCCCAUCGCCACCCAGAACUAUGAGACCUGGCUGGGCCAAGAAUACCUGCAUGCCAUGAAGGGUCUGCUCUGUGACCCCAACCGGCUGCCCCACUACCUGCGCUGGUGCGUGCUGUCGACACCUGAGAUCCAGAAGUGUGGAGAUAUGGCUGUGGCCUUCAGCCGGCAGAGACUCAAGCCAGAGAUCCAGUGUGUGUCGGCCGAGUCCCCUGAGUACUGCAUGGAGCAGAUCCAGGCCGGCCACAUCGAUGCCGUGACACUGAGAGGCGAGGACAUCUACAGGGCAGGGAAGGUGUAUGGCCUGGUCCCGGCAGCGGGGGAGCUGUAUGCUGAGGAAGACAGGAGCAAUUCCUACUUCGUGGUGGCUGUGGUGAGGCGGGACAGCUCCUACUCCUUCACCUUGGACGAGCUGCGAGGCAAGCGUUCCUGCCACCCGGGCUUGGGCAGCCCUGCGGGCUGGGAUGUACCCAUAGGUUCCCUCAUCCAGCGUGGCUUCAUCCGGCCCAAGGACUGUGAUGUCCUCACAGCGGUGAGCGAGUUCUUCAACGCCAGCUGCGUGCCGGUAAACAACCCUGAGAACUACCCUUCCUCGCUGUGCGCGCUCUGCGUGGGCGACGAGAAGGGCCGCAACAAGUGCGUGGGCAGCAGCCAGGAGCGCUACUAUGGCUACAGCGGGGCCUUCAGGUGCCUUGUGGAGAAUGCAGGGGACGUUGCCUUCGUCAAGGACACGACUGUCUUUGAAAACACAAAUGGCCACAAUCCUGAGCCCUGGGCUGCUCCCCUCAGGUGGAAAGACUAUGAACUGCUGUGCCCCAAUGGGGCGCGGGCUGAAGUAACCCAGUUCCAAGACUGCAACCUGGCCCAAAUGCCAUCCCACGCUGUCAUGGUUCGUCCAGACACCAACAUCUUCACUGUGUACGGACUUCUGGACAAGGCUCAGGGCCUGUUUGGAGAUGACCACAACAAGAACGGGUUCCAAAUGUUUGACUCCUCCAAAUACCACAGCCAAGACCUGCUUUUCAAAGAUGCCACCGUACGAGCAGUGCCCGUUAGGGAGAAAACCACAUACCUGGAUUGGCUGGGUCCUGACUACGUGGUGGCUCUGGAGGGAAUGCUCUCUCAGCAGUGCUCGGGUGCAGUGGCCAUGGUGCAUCGAGUCCCCCUGCUGGCCCUGCUCUUGCCGGCCCUGGCUGCAGGCCUCCUCCCGAGUGUUCUCUGA